UAUAAUUUAAGGUUUCAGUACAGACACUCCACUUGAUAGAUCCAUAUAUGGACAUUCACGGCCGCCAGUUACAGUCGGCGAAACAACAUCAGGUGUUCGUAAGCUUCCGGGGAGAUGAGUUACGGUUUGGUUUCGUCAGCCAUCUCGUGGAAGCUCUCCAGAGACAUCGAAUCAACGUUUUCAUAGACAAACUCGAGAGAAUAGGGGAAGAUCUCACCAAUCUCUUCGUGAGAAUAGAAGAGUCCACAAUCGCGUUGGUCAUAUUCUCCAGGAGAUACACGGAGUCGAGAUGGUGUUUAGAUGAGCUCGUGAAGAUCAAUCAACUCACAGAUCAAAGUUUGCUCAAGGUCAUUCCCAUCUUUUUCAAAGUGGAACCAGUGACUGUGAAACAACUCAGGGGAGCGUUCGGAGAUCUUUAGGGAUCGAGAGUGGGAGUAUCGGUGUGAUAAACCAAGAACCGAGAGAUGGAGAGACGCCUUAGCUUCUGUUUCUUGCAAAAUUGCUCUCACUUUUGAGAAGAAAAGGUAACUGUCUUCAAAUCGAUUUUGCUAACAACAGAGUUCGCAUUUGAUGAAGUUGGAGCUUAUUUUACCAAAUGUCAAAUCAUUGAUUUGCACUUAGCUUCAUUUGGAAAUACCACAAUAGCAAGUAGUAACUGAUCCUUAAUUGAUUCUUUAUUUUGUUACCUCGGGUUUUUUUUUUUCACAGUAACGAAAGUGAAUUCGUUAGGAUAACUAGGUUGAUACCCGCGCUACGCCGCGGGUUAUUUUUAGAUGAUUUUUUAUUUUAUAUAUGUUUUAUCUCUGCAAUCAUAAUUAAAUUAAAAUUGUUUGAAUCUUUUAGAUACAUCAGCAAAUUUAUAUUAUUGCCUGAAAAUGUUUUGAUUUCUCUUAUUUGCUAAUGUUUUCCAUAUCUUGAACUGUAGAAUUAGAAGAAUUAAUGAAAAUGAUAAAUAUUUUUGAGCUUGAGAUAAUAUUGAGUUUACCGUAUGCUCUCAAGUCAGAUUGAAGUUGGGACGUAUUUGUUAAAGAGUAUUCAAUGACGUAUGCAAAGAAUGCUUCAUCUAAAUAUACAUACAUAUAUCGUUUCAUUAACUAUAUGCACUAUGUUUUAAUUUUAUUUUUGCUUAGACACAUAUUUACAUUUUUAAAACCAUAUUGUGUACACACAAAUUUUUCAAACCACACUAAGUUUCUAUUUUUAACUUGUUUGGUCGGCCAACAUUAUUUGAAAAGAUACAUACCAACUCACAAGUAUAUCGUGUACAUGGUAUAGAAGCAAGCGGCUGCUCGGCUGCUCCACUAAACGCUCAUAUCACAAGCUAAAUGGUUAUUUGGUCUUUAGAAAAAGUUGGCUAGUAUUGGGUUUUAUUGUAGUCCAUUGUAGUUACAUUCAGUUUGUUCCCUCGCACAAAUUUGUAAUUUUGAACGAACUGUUCAUCAUCGUU